ACAUGAUCAUGUGCUUUUGAUGAGCGGUUAAUGAGAUAUAAGGGUUUAAAAAUUUUGCUGACGUUUUGCUGACGAUUCGGGGACUCAAGAUUGGGAAAUUUACCCAAAUUGGUCCCAGGUGGUCCCUAGUUACCCACGCGGUAAAAAAUCAUUGACGUCACCACCUCUUUUCCAAGUUAAUUACCGACUUUCAUACAGUGAAGUCUGGGCACGAAUAAAGCGCUUGUAGGGACAAACUUUUAGCUUGUUUUUGUGUGACUCGAUAGCCCAGUGAAGUUUCUGCGUCACUUUCUCACAAAGAAUUAUUAUUAUACGGAGAAAGGCCGAGAAAUGUGUAACUUUUUGUUGUUUUUUUCCUAAUUCUUUGCUUUUCAUACUAACGUUUAACUUUUAAAUAACGUGUUGAAAUGGUGCUGCUAGUCCUCUCUGUGGUAUAUUAACUUAAUUAAAACAAGAACAACUUACAGUUAUUAACUUUUACAAAGUUUAAAGUUGGAUGAUGGUAAAAGGGUAUUUUUAGCUCUGUGCCUGCAGAGGCAAUGGGCUGAAGUAUCUAUAAGAAAAUACAUGAUGCACUGCUACAUCUUUUCCUUAAAAUCGAACUUCAUGGUAUUAGAGCUAGCUAGCUGAUUGUUGCAAAAGUAGAAGAAAUGGAUAAUCAAAUAUCAAGUUAAAAGAAUCAAGAUAUGGAUAAUUAUCAAAGAAUAUUUUUAAAUUUGGACAAAAGGUUAUUAAAAAUGCCACAACUGAAAAUGUAGCUUAUACUGUCUUUAUUACAUGAUUAUCUAAAAGUGACCCCGUUAACUACAUAACUUAGUGGUUUAGCAUCUCUAACAAUAGCUUUGAAAAAAUUGUGAUUGAGUGGGAAGUCAUCGAAAAAAAAGCGAAUUAAUAAAAACGUGGAUGCCAACAAAGACGUGAAAGACAUAUUUUCAGACAAUGUACAAUGACAAUGUAUAUGAGAAUGGUUAGGUGGAUGUGUAGCGCCAGUCUGAGAGACAGAAAGAGUUCAGAUGAGCUAAGAAGCAGGCUAAGUCUCCGUAGAAUUAUAGAUGUUAUCCAGAUAAGAAGAUUGAUUUGGCUGGGGCACUUUGGAAGAAUGGAGGAGGGUAAUUGGGUAAGAAAGUGUAGAGACUUUGUAGUUCCUGGGGCAAAGCCCAGAGGCAGACCGAGAAAGACUUGGCAGGAGGUUAUAAGGACAGACGUGAUACAGAGGAAGUUGAGUUUAGACCUAACACAGUCUAGAUCAGAUUGGAAGAGGGUCAUUAAUUAUCCUCCGUCCAACCCAUGCUCGCAUGGAAAACGGACGUUAAGCCGAGAAUGAUGAUAUAAGGAACUGAUAUUGGAAUAUAGAUAUAUUGAUAAAUGCUAAUGCCAAAUUUCGCUAACAGAUUCAUUGUUAAUUCCGUUGGGUUUAAAAUUGAAUUUUUUUAAUUCAACUUUUUCUGGCUAACUUUUUUUUUGAGGAAAAGAUUUUGAGGAUGAAGGUAAUCUUUAAGAGAUGGAUUUUUACAGAAAGAAGUUUUCAUGAUUUUUUAGUUUUUUUUCUUUAGUUUACAAGUUCACAACAAAUUUUAAGGGGCUGUUUAUAUGAGAGGCGGGACGGGACGAUUGCCGGGACGGGACGUUUGCCGGGAUCCCGCUCUCAUUGAUAAUUAUACUUAAAAUCACUUUGCGUUUAUAUGGAAAAUUUUUGUCCCGGGACAAUUUCGUCCCGUCCCGGCUGAGCGGGAUCCCGCUUGAGCUAAGCGGGAUCCCGGCUUAGGCGGGACGUUUUUUUCCAUAUAAACACACCGUCCCGGGACAAACGAGGUAAUAUUUGCACUAUCAGCAUAUUUCAAUAGAAAGAAAAAAACAAACAUGGCUGCUAAACGUGCACUUGUUAAAGGUACUGUCCGAUUAAAAAACAAUAUCUUUUCUUUUGUUUUAUUAAGUAUCAAAAAUAACGAAGAUUGCACUCUUAAACAACAAAGAUUUAUCCAAUACUUAGCACCAUCGUUUGUUUGUUAUGAUCUUGUCUCAAUCGCCUACCAUCUUCACGAACUUUCGAACGCGGCAAAAGGACUGGGUAAAUUCAUUAUUCAGCACAUUUUUGCUUGUGACGUAGCUACCUGGCUUCUUAUUAGGCGAACCCCCUGACUUGCGCAUCGAAAGACUAAAUGUUUAUUUAUAAUUUUUUUCCUUUGCUUAAAAAAGUUUUUCAUGAAGAUAGCAAUGAAUGAAUAUAAUUCGCAGGUUCUAGGAUUUCAAUUCGAGCCGGAAAGAGUAGGGAAUGAUGAGCUAGUUCCGACUUUUCAAGACGUAGACGAACAUAAAAUUGCCAGAGACCUUGUUGCUUCUACUCGCCUAAAUGUUGAAGCAGGUCUAUGGUGCCUGUGCGAUAAAUGUGAGAGGAUGCCCUCUGAAGUAGAAUGUUUGUGCUGUCACGAGAUAGAUUCUAUUAAAUACUUUCAAUUACAUGAUAAAAAAUGUAUUACGGAACACGAAGAUUUCCGAGCGGUGGUUUUAUUGAAGAAUACGCUGUGGACAGCUUUGGUGGCACUCCAUGACAGAGAGAGCAGAGGAUUGGCGAAACGUGACGAAGUAUCAAACAAGUAAGCAAUAAAAAGACCCUGGGUUUGAAGUUGUUUAUACUUACUCAUUUUUUUGCACUGUACAAUAAACUAUUUACAACUUUGUUUAGAUCGUACCGCUAUGCCGCUUAUCGACAGUUUUGCUGGUUCGUGCACAAUCGUUUGGGUAGGGGGGUGCGACGAGUUAUACCAGCAUGUGUGGUAUCCAAGAUUCGCGAGGAGUUCCCUAGUGCCGACGGCGUUUAUGUUGGUUACAAAGACGGGGUAGAAAUUCCAGAGCUUAAUAUUUCAUGGGAGGGGGGAAAUUAUUGAACGGAAGCCUAAUUUAAAAAAGUACAAAAUCUACAACUUAAUUCUUUUAAAUUGUUGACUCUUUUCCACGAUCUCUUCUUUUGGAGGUCGUUCUUCAGGCGCUAUCUGUAAAGAACAUUGGCGUUUUAAACGAGAUCCACUCGUCGCUUUUCUCUUCAACUGAGUUCUUUUUAAAAUUUUGCGAACGAUGUAGGUCAAGUAUUCAUAGUUUUUUUCCUCUCGUACAACUUUCGCAACAAACCGUUUAUUGGGCUUGGAAUAUGCGACGCGAAAUAACGGGAUUUUUUCGCCUUCCUCAUCCGUUGUACACUUCUAUAAUAAAGUUAUAAAUAAAGUCAUUAGUUAGGAAAAAAAAAUUAUAAAAAAAUACUGACAUGGUUUAUUUCUUGAAAAUCCUAAGUAUUCUUACCUGAGCCCGAUCAACGUUGUUGUUAUGGUCUAAUAUUGCUAGUUGAGUCCCAGCAAUCAUUCUCUCCAUUCUAAAGUAGGUGGCUUUGGGUAGGUAACGGAUCUUCAGCGCAUGAAAAACCUCCAGUAGGGUGGUGUGGAUUUGCUCCGUCAGUUGAUGUAGAUCCUUUACCAACAUUGGUUGGGUAACGAUUUUUACCAAUUUAUCGUGCGCAGCCGAACCCAUUACAAGCCACUCUUUGCGAAGUGCUUCUUCUUCUGACAAUGUAGGGUGGUCGCAUUUUUUGUAAUAUUUAUUGUGUGCGAACACAUGCCUGUUGACUGAAUGGUGGAUUGCUGAAGUAAAUCGCUCUGCCAACUCUUCACCGUUUCCGUUACACGUUGCGAUCGACCAAUACAAAUGGUUCACGAUAGACGGUGCCCAUCUGGCGAGUAUCUUUAGAUCUAUAAUGAUAUACUAGCUUAAGUUAACGAACAGGAUGUAGUGUUAAAAUUACCUUGCUUAACUAGCUGCUUACUUGCAGUGAUUAGAGCGAAAAUUAUAUUCAUCCUAACCUUUUUUUUUCGAAGCUUGUAGCAACUUUUUGAUAAGGCCUUUGCCGAUGUGCCAUGGGUCAAACUGGUGUAUAAUGGCCUUAAAUCGCUCCUCUGACCUCAUUAGUUUUUUAAUGGACGCGUGUCUAUCCGUCGAAAUCAACUUGAUGGGUAGUUUAUGUGUCAUCUGAAUAUCGUCGAUACAACGUAUAAAUCCUUCCUUCUCCAUUGCCUGAGAACUUGUAACUUCCUAUAAAUGAAGGAAAAAAAUCAAAAACGUGCACAUUUAAAUUCAUUACGGAACACAAGAUGAUGAACUUGCCUUGACAUGCACGAUUUUGAAGUUCAAGACUUUAUUUGUUGUUGUAUCCAUAGCUGAGACAGUGCUAUAGGUAGCGUUGUGUCCAGGCGAGUCGCAUUGACCAUCAACUGCCAGUUGCAGGGAUCUUCCACUCUCCGUAAUUUCCGAAAUUUGCUCGCUUUGAUUUUUUCGCCAAGCGUGAUCGAUUUCGGGAUAAACAUAAUUUCCGCGAUGAUCAUAAUACACGGAUUUGCCCAGAAAUUUUAAAUUCAACAAUUUGGCGAACUUCUCGAUUUUAUGGAAUGAAGAGCCUGAUAAUUCGAUUGCAGAUGUAAGUAGGAGGUUCCCGAUACCUCUUGAUCCAGCCCACUUUGGUUGAGAUGACCAGUCGUACUUGCACCCUUUAAAAUAUAAUUACAAUUUUUCUUUAGAUUUCGCUACUGUACUUUAAUAAUGCCUAAUAUGCCUAAAAAUUCAACUAAUAGCGAAACUUUUACUAAUAAAAGUAUAAGGAUUUAAAAUUUUUGAGGAAAUGUACAAUUUCAGUUACCUUGAGUACAAAUGAAGUUCAGUUUCAGUUGGCUUCCCGUUCUUUUUGCUUCGAGUGUUUUCGACUUAUCAAGAGGGGCACCACAUUUAUUGCAAAAUCUGAUAAGUUCAUCGAGAGCAGAUUCAAACACCAAAAACGUCCGUUGCAUAUGAAUAGGUGUGUCUUCCACUGGCGAGACAAAACUUGUGUUGUAUUCGUCGUCAUCUUGUGACUUUUCUUCUUCCAACUCGUAGUCAAGAUCUGCCUUUGCUGUUCUGAAAAAAGAGGCGUAACAAAGAUUAGUUUUUAUCUAACCUCACUGCAAGUUCCAUUGGUCAUCGAUUCAUACCUUUGCAAGGAUUUCUCCAGCCAUGUGUCAACUUCUUCUUCUUCUAUCUCAUCUUCUGAUUCGUUGUCGGCGUCAGAAACGACCUCAUUGUCCGCGUUAACGCAUUCAUGUGGACUUUCGUUGCAUGUUGAUGUGACUGCUUUGCUUGGAUGUUCAGUGAAACCCAGCAUAUACAGCAAGUCAAUCCCAGUGUCUAAAGAAAUUUAUUAAAAAAAUAUAUAUACGAACCACUCCAUCCCCAGUGUUGUUAGCAGAAUUUAUCAUGAUAUAUACUUACUUUCAUUUAAAGUGGGAUUACAAUUCAACAAGGAUAUCUCUUCUUCACUUAUUUCGGAUUCGUCAUCAAAGUCAUCAUCAUCGUCUGAUUCGCCUGAAUCUAUAACUAUAAAGAAUUUGACAGUAUACGCUUACAAUGCGGAAUGAUGUUCGCAAUUCAAACUAUGUUUACAUACCAGUCUUAUCAAUUUGAUCCACUUGAACACCAGCAUCCAUAGUUAUUGGAGACCAAUCUGGUGUUUGUGUUUGAGCGUCAGCAGAAAAGCACGUUGUUUGGCACGAUGAGGAUUUUAUGUGAACAUCUUUAUAUUGUGUUGAAUCAUUCCGUGUUGGAACAACAGCUUGACAACCAAUGGAAUAUGUUCGACAUUCAAUAUCAAUAGUUGACGAAGUACAGCUGAAGUCGGUAACAUCUUCGUAUUGUUGAGGCACUUUUUCCAAUGCUUGAUUCACAAUCUAUAAAAUAAAGAUAGAAUAAUAUUAAAUGCGCUAACACUUAUACCAUUUCGAACGACCACCUAGGUACCAGCCCCCACUCACUUCCUUAACAUCCUUUUCUUUCCUCCUGCGUUCAGAUAUUUCUCUGCCUUUUGGUUUUUCCUUGUACGGAAAAAUGGAAGGGAUAGACCCAGGUAAAAGUAAUGCUUUUUUUCUCCUCCCUGUGUAGAACAAUUCGUUCUGAAGUUUCCAGGAAGGGUCGAAACAUUUUUCUUCAAAAUGAUCAGAGCAAACGUAUACUCUGGACGGUAAGCUUGUUCGAUUAAUCAACUUAAUCCAAGCUGAUUUAAUUUUCGGAUCCUUAGGCAGUGAAAAAAAACUUUUAUCCUGGUUUUUCCGACUGUUGUUAGUGCAAUUCACAACAGCGCACCACGACAUUAUUCUGCCUUUCAACCUUACUGAAUGUGCGAUCUGAGCCUAAUCUCUCUGUGGCGGGACAUCUAGUGAAGGGGAAACUAAUUUUUAAUUUUUGAUUGGUUGGCUUUAAAGUAUCUGGAAACAACUAUGCAACCCUAAGGUUAAAGUCAUAUUGGACUUAAAGUUUUAUUAGCGAAUCCUUCUUACUUAAGGUUCGUACAGAAUUGGCACAGUGUGUGUUCGCCUUAAGGUCUAGACACAUCUUUCGCCUUCGAUUUUAUAAUUCCAUAUGAAUAAUUCAUAAAAAGCGGUCUUUCACAAUUUAGGGGGUAAAAUUACAAAAAUUUUUAAACAUAUAAUAAAAUAUCAGCCUGGCCCACGUUUUAUUUAUUUUGGUCAGUUCAGCGCGCUCCAGGUAAAUACGUCACACACGACAUAUUAUUUCAGCCUCGCUUUAGUGCCUAUCAUCCACCAUUUAUAUAAACAAUCGAAGCGAGAGACCGCAUGCUUUUUUGUAAACAAGAAUGAGAUGUUGUUCAGUUGGUUUUAGGUAAGAAAACAAAUAAUUAUUUAAUUCUUUUAUAGAAAUUAGUUACAAAUAAGAAUUUUUUGUCAAAAUUUUAGUUGAUUUUUAAUCGGACAGUACCUUUAAGAAGCCAACAGAUGUUCCAACCAAGAAAAAGUGUUUUAGAUUCAAUGAUGAAAUGGUUUUUAACCUCAUUAACUGUCUAUUAGAUUAUAAAGCAAAGUGUGAGUUUGAGAACAUUGAUUUUGAUGCAGACAAACCAAUGCAAUACAAAGUCAUUCGAACUGAGUUGGCAAAAUUAUAUCAAAAUGAAGAAGAAGUGUUUGGGCCAGUGGAGGAUACCUCCACUGAGCUCUCCCAAGAAAAUGUUAGGGAAAUGAAAAAAAUGAUAGCAAGAGGCUACCAAAGAGUGUUAGAAAAAAUAAAAGAUUUACGGCAGGGAUUUUCUAAGGCAGUAAUUAGUGGCACGCGUAGUGGCUGUGGCAGAUUAGUGUAUGAACACUAUGACAGUUUGAAGCUCCUUUGGAGUGGAAGUGCAAACACAGAGCCCCUACCCAAUGGCAUUGAUAGUGCUGAUGUGAAUCAAACAAAAUCAAGUAAUGAAAUGUUAUCUGACCAUGAUGAUCCAACUGCAAAUAUUAAUAGUGUUGACAGUGGUGAAUAUGAAGAUCCAGCAGAUGACGAUAAUUUGAGCUUCUCAUCAAGUGAUCAGUCAGUCUCAAAAAAUUCAUGCACUGUUACUUCCACACCAAAAACUACAUCAGCAGUGCCAAAACUUAUUGAUAAUAAAAGAAAACAACUUGAGAGAAAGUUGUCAUCUGCUCAGCGUGAUACCUUACUGUUGAGAGAAGCAAAAGAAGAAAGAUCUGAUCGUAAAGAGCUCCAAGAGAUGAUUAAAAAUUCUAAUGAGUCCUUUACAGCUGCACUUAAUAAUAUAAGCCAGGCUAUGUUGCAAAUUAGCGAAACUAUGUCACACUCCAUGCAGCUGAUGGCACAAUCAUUCAGCCAGCAAGCAGGUCCAAGCUCACAAAAUUAUGAAAGCUAUGGUAGACGUCACCAUUUUCAGCAUAUAAAUCCAAAUUGUAAUGUCGUCUCAAGCAUCGUAACCCAAAACAACAACAUAAGUCCCAUCGAUCCCAGUGGCGGUGGUUAUUAUCAAUCAUUAAUGAGGGAAUGA